CGCUCGCUCUCCAGGCUCCAGCUAGACUGUCCUGCUCUGCUUCGGUGCUACUCACUGUGCAGUGUGCACAGCCAGCCAGCUUCAGCAGAGUCCGGCUCGGCUGUCGGCUGCGAGUCCUGCUCCUGCAGGAAUGGACAGGCCUGCGCAGGCGCCCACGCAGCUGCCGCCGGGGUUCCGGUUCCACCCUACCGACGAGGAGCUGGUCGUGCUGUACCUCCGCCGGAAGGCCCUGGCUCGCCCGCUGCCGGCCGCCGUCAUCCCCGUCGUCCACGACGUCGCCAGGCUCGAUCCGUGGGACGUCACUGGGGCGAGCGAAGGGGAGGGCUACUUCUUCAGCCUGCGGCGAGCGCCGGCGACCGGCCGCAGGAGGAGGGCUGGGAGCGGGUACUGGAAGGCCACGGGGAAGGAGAAGCCGGUGUUCCUGCAGUGCGGCGGCGAGCAGAGGCAGCUGCUCGUGGGCGUCAAGACGGCGCUCGCCUUCCACCGCCGUGAGCCGCCGCCGCCGUCGUCGCGGACAGGCUGGGUCAUGCAUGAGUACCGGCUCGCCGUGCCCCGCGGCGUGGCCGACCAGAGGAAGAAGAAUGCGAGACAUUUAACAUCUUGACGAAUAGACCGAUUCAGAAAGCAGAAAUUCCCCGUCUUGGGGGGCAACGGUGGCAGUUUGGCAUCGACUAUUCGACUGGAGUACUCGAUCCGCUUUGCAACCUCGAUCGCGAUGUUUUGCCGCCGUAGCUUACAUUUGCUCCCCCCACGAAUUUGGAGGGCAAUGUUUUAUUCGUUUUGCACAUGUAUAGUGAUUCCUAUAUGCGUGCCGUUGCCAAUGACUGCAGGGCUGCGUUGCUGAGCCAGGGGAGUGGGUCGUGUGCCGGGUCUUCCUGAAGAACAGGCCGAACCGGGACGCCGGCAGCAAAACUCUGCGACACGGCGCCUCCGCUCGGCGGCGGCGGCGGCAGCAGCAGCCGGAAGACGUGAGAGGACAGCAGCCGUUGCCAUUCUCGGCGCCACAGCCGUCGUCCUCCAGCUGUGUUACCGACGUCACCGACUGCUUGUCUGACGAAGACGAAGACGAAGCCAGCAGCGGCAGCACAGCCCGAGCUGCCCCUCAAAGAGAGGCCUAAGGAUAUAUAUACUCUAUAUAGUACUCCCUGUAGCGUUUUCCCCUCUAUCUUGCCCCAUUGCCCGUACUUUUCCUGGAUCCUGGCAUCAUAUAAUCAGGUAUAGGGCAUGUCCAGCUCAAGGGUGAUCCCCAGAUAUAUUUGGCAGUCCUGAAUCAGGAACAAUACGGCAUCUGUGAAGCAGCAUGCAUUUCGAUAAUCAGGUAUAGGGCAUGUUCAGCUC